AUAGUAGCUGGCUAUGUAGAUUUCAGGGUCCAAGAUCGUGCAACUUAUACUGCUAAAGUAAGGAAAUUUGCCAUCAAAGAGACGGAGUUUAUUUUUCUCUUGCAUUUACUCAGCCUAAUUUCUUGGAAACCCUCCAGACCCUUCUAACAACUUGCUGAAAUUGUACCCGCUUUUGAAACUAUGCACUAGCCCACAAAACUGACAUUGCUUUGCAAAACCAGUAGAUUAGAGGAGCCCAAGCUGUUUUCAGUAUGCCAUCCCAAGUAAAUGAACCAGUGAUUAUCGACGUAUGGACAUCAAACCUUGAAGACGCAUUCAAGAAAAUUAUCCACCUGGUACCCAAUUAUAGUCACAUUGCAAUGGACACAGAAUUUCCAGGAGUUGUUGCCAGACCAAUUGGAGAAUUCCGAAGCACUGCCGAUUAUCAGUACCAACUUCUACGGUGUAAUGUGGAUCUUUUAAAAAUCAUUCAGUUGGGUCUUACAUUCUCUGAUGAGAACGGUCACUACCCACCUGGUGCCUCAACAUUCCAAUUCAACUUCAAGUUUAAUCUCACAGAAGACAUGUAUGCACAAGAUUCAAUAGACCUUUUACAAAACUCAGGUCUGCAGUUUAAGAAACACGAAGAGGACGGGAUUGAUGUGACGACAUUUGCGGAAAUGUUAAUGACAUCAGGUGUUGUUCUGUGUGAUAAUGUUAAAUGGCUGUCGUUUCACAGUGGUUAUGAUUUUGGGUAUCUUCUAAAAUGCUUGACCAACAGCAAUUUGCCAGCAGACGAGUCAGAGUUUUUUGACCUUCUGAGGCUUUAUUUCCCGAGUAUAUACGAUAUUAAAUACCUAAUGAAAAGCUGUAAAAACCUUAAAGGUGGCCUUCAAGAAGUCGCAGAACAACUUUCGCUGACAAGGAUUGGGCCGCAGCAUCAAGCAGGAAGUGACAGUUUACUCACCAGUGCUUCAUUCUUUAAAAUGAGAGAAAUGUUUUUUGAAGACAACGUAGACGAUGCCAAGUAUUGCGGUCACCUUUACGGCCUUGGGUCAUCCUACGUCCAAAACGGUACAUCACAUGCCGAUGAAAACUCCACCAAUUUAACGACAUAGCAAAGGCAUUUACUCGUUUAUGUUUUGUUUAUUUCAGCACCCCCCUGGGAAUACAUGAAAUAGGUGCUUUGGGUAGUUUUAUUUCUUGUUUCCAAAUUCUUAGUGAUCUGGAGACAAACUGUGUAUUAUACUAUAUAGGGUUGCUCGCUGUGGUCUUUUAUAUUUUGUAGAAAAGAAAAAGUAAGAAAAAAAAUGUGAAAAUAGGAAAUAACUCGGACCCUUCAUCAACUGAGGCAGAUGCUUUCCAGCCAUCCUUGGUGUUUUUAUUUUAUUGUUAACCUGUGUUCGUAUCCCGAUAACGCCAAUAUUACAUUCCAGAGCAGGCUUACUCAAUGUUUUUUUUUAAUUUCACGCUUAGCGCAUUUUCUUCUAAACCCCUUUAAAAGUCAAAACUUGUCUGGAGUGAAAACUCCUAUUUGUCAAGAAUAUAAUUUUUCUGUGCCAAUGAACAAACAUAAACUUAGCUACAACUGCCAUCUUCUACUAAAACUGGCUGACAACUGAUGUUUUCAAAACGAUCAUAUUUAGUGUUACAAGGCAUAUUAUUAAUCACCAGUAGAGGGCGACAAAAGUGUUCAUUUUGUUGACAUGUCUAAGCUUCUUAUGAUUGGCAUGGUUGAAGAUAAGUAUUCUUACGCAACCACUAAGUUGUCAUUGUCUUGCCAUGCCUAAUUUAGGGAGGAAUUCCUGUUUUAACCAAUGGCUUCAUUUUGGAUCCCCGAUUAAAUUAUAAUACUUUUAAAAAAAAAGCGAAUGGGAAAAAGAAAUUUCAAAUUGAGUGAACUGUCAUGUUUGUGCUGUGCUGUGUUGUGGUUUAUCAACAUCUGAAGAGUAUGUCAAAUUAAAUUAUUCAUGUCAAUUAAUUUUGUAAAGAUUCUACUGAAACUGGACAAAAAAUGAAUUGGUCUUAAUAAUGUAGGAUUCACUCUUUUUGUACAUUUUUUUUUAUCUUUGCGGCUGAUCUUUUACUUUACUGGCUGUAUGUGCAAUCUAUUCAUUUUGCUUCAGUGGUGCAUGUGGAGAUCAAUUACCACAAAACAAUUCGAAUUAAGUCUGUAUCGGGUAUAAUCGUCAUUUACAUAACCCAGUACUACCUUUAAAAAAUAAUACCAUGUUGAAAAAACGAUUACGCAGUUGUUUCAUAAAAAAAAACUAAGCAUUUCUCACUGCUACCACUGGAGGGCUAAAUGAUUGUGUAAAUAUCUGUUUUAUAGCCUGCUUUGGUUUAACAAUCCUUGAACUUUGCCCUAUACAUGUCUUGGGUCAUCAGUUUUUUUCUUAUUGACAUAGUGCAUUAGCAUAUCAAAACAACAGACUCCUAUUUAUAAAAUCGAACAUUACAUCACAUUUAUGAAACUAUUUUGUAAAGUUUGUGCAAAAACACCUGUGAAACAUACAAUGGUUUUAGCAUUCAUGGAUGUAUUUACUUCAUAAACCUUUUCAUCACCGUGCUUUAGAAUUCUCCCGAUUAUCACCUAUUGGGAGAUUCCAUUCACCAGGGAAAUGGGGGUGAAGGAGUUGAUGGACACUUUGUAUGUUUUUUUUGAGAUGCAAAAUGCAGUAUGGAUUGUUUUUUUUUUAAAUAGAAAGACAUUUCAGUUGAGAUGGUUUUCACGUUGACAGACCAAAUUGUAAUAACUUACAAUUAAUUAUACCAUCCAACAGGAAAGGCAAAGCAAUAUUAUCAUUGUGGAUAAGGUUUUUAAAAAAAAAAAAAGAAAUAUACCGUUAAAAUUUACAGGAGCAUUCUGUGGGGGUAAAAACAAAUUCAUAAAGUACAUCGUUUUGAUUGUAAACAGUUUCAUAAAAAAAAAAAGACCACAUUGACUGCGAAUGCCCUUUAUAGCUGUAGCUUUUUAUUCUCUUGUAGUUCUGUAUAACUUUAAGUUGUCUUGUGUUUUAUGCUUGUAAAUACACACACUCUACUUAUCAACGUUG